UCUUGCAGAAGGAUGGUGUACAAGCUCGUUGUCGCACUUGCAGUCGUUGCUCUAACUUCUUCACACGAAUUAACAAUGAACGGGAGAUGCUCAUGCCUUCGAAUUACAAAUAAGAUUGUGUUUAGUCCUAACCAGUUGAAGACCAUAGAAAUUCUCCCUGCAUCUGCCUCGUGUGAAAAUGUGGAAAUAAUAGUAAACUUGAAAAGUGGCAGACAAAUAUGCUUGGAUCCCAAUGCAAGCCAGAUAAGAAAUAUUUUCCAGCAGCUCAUCAAGAAGAAGGGAAAGAAAAACGAUAAACCCAGUAUCUGAAUAUUUGUCAAGAAAAUUAUCUGAUUUGUGGAGCAGGAGCCUAGGAACUUUACUUGACUUAGUGUUGUGACUCACAAAAUGUAUCAUUUGAGCCGUUGGCUGACAAAGUAUAUAUAUAUUUUUUUAGUUAAUAUAUUGUGCUGCAAGUGAGCUUUUGAAGUUCAAGAAGAUGCAUUCAUUAGAGAACAGAUUGUA